UAGGUAUGUACACGCUAUUUGUAGUGGAUCUUAGCCGGAAUCCUCACCAAAAAGCACCAAAGCUUCGUUGCUCCAAAGCCCCAAUCCCCUUCUCCUCUUCCCCCCCCAAAAGAAGGAAGGCAAGCUUUUUUUUUUCCUUUGCGCGAGCCGCUUUCAUCAUCCACCCGCACAAAAUCAUCACCUUAAAUUUUUCCCAAACAACCGACAAAUGGUCCUCUACCCAUUUCAACUUAAUUAAUCGCGGGGACAGUGACAUCCCGUCUCUUUACAUUCCGACGACGAACCACGUAUCUACAAUUUACAACUUAAGUACCUCACAUAACCCGUUGUAAACUUGUUCUGUUCUAGCGCAAACCGUCGGCUUCCAAUAAACGAGGGAUCCUGCAGCCUUAUCUCCGCAUUCGACUAGUCCCGUCAUCUUGUCUCGCCGCUCCUCUUCCUCGAUUUGUGUCGAAAUUACCUACUCCGACGUUGCGCCAGGCAUCGUCAUCUUAUCGAACAUAAUCAGAAAGCUCGAGUACAGCUUCAAGUCGAAUCAUACCGAGUAAUCGGCGACAAUAAUAUUAUUAUUACUUACGACUCGCGUCGCAUCAACGGAAACUCCAUUCAUUCUACCUCUAGGAUAACGCGUAUACAUACCUGUCAAAAUGUCGGGCGAGGCGUGGUUAUACCUCUUCGCCGUACUUAUAAAUGCCGUCAAUUUAUUCCUCCAGGUGUUCUUCACGAUUAUGUAUAGUGAUUUGGAAUGUGACUACAUCAAUCCUAUCGACCUAUGCAACCGUCUAAAUACCUACAUUGUCCCUGAAGCCGCCGUACAUGGGUUCCUAACCUUCUUGUUUUUGAUCAACGGAUACUGGGUGGCGCUGAUACUCAACCUACCGCUCCUCGUCUGGAAUAUCAAGAAGAUCGUCGAAAAUACUCACCUACUCGACGCCACCGAAAUUUUCCGAAAGCUUAACGUCCAUAAGAAGGAAUCUUUCAUCAAGCUUGGCUUCCACCUGGUCAUGUUCUUCUUCUACCUGUACAGCAUGAUUGUCGCCCUGAUCAAGGACGAGACGAAAUAAACUGUACUAUUAAGAGAUCCAUGAUAAUGAAUACGACGCAUACGGGAUAGCUUCGACGGGAAUAAUAAUCCCCACGAUCCAACAAUUACUCGGGUUUCCCCAGAUACCCGGUAGGAGGAAAGUCGGUUUAGACAGACGAAGCCCUUUGGAGCGGGUCUUUAUGUUGCGAAUUUGCUUGGACAGGGAAGAGCAGUUGAAUGGGAUGAUGAAAGGGAGAGCUGGGGAGCAUGAUUACAAUCAACGGGUCGGAGUGCUCCGUCGGUCUCGAUCAGAUUUGGCAUCAUACAAUGCCUUGAGAUGGAAAUGAUGGGUGGCCUGUGGAGCGCUUAGGGAGGUCGCUCGAGGACUCACAUGAAUUGUUCGAACUACUACCUAUGCACUUUCUUCGGGCCGCGAAUUUUUCAUAGAUAAUGAAACUAUCAAUAAUACCCCGAUUACUAUAUUUU